GCGUCGCCAGCCUCGUCGUCUCGGGGGUGCUCGCGUACCGGGGGGCCGCCCUAGAGGCCAGGAUGGCGUCCCUCGAGGCCCGCUACCAGGAGAGGGCCGACCGGGACGACCUCGCCAUCCAGAGGCUUCGCAAGGAGGUCCAACACCUCCUCGACGCCGCCCUCAAGGCCGACGAGCCGCGGAGGAUCAAGAGGGACCUCGUCUCCGAGUGCAACUGCCCGCCAGGUCCACCUGGUGAGGCAGGACCGCCAGGGAAAAGGGGCAGAAAGGGGAAGAAAGGCGAGGUCGGUCAACCCGGUACGGUCGGGGCUGCUGGCAAGAACGGUUUCCCGGGAGCCAAGGGCGACAAAGGCGACCAGGGUGCCACGGGCCCGAUCGGCUUGGAUGGACCCAAAGGAGACCCGGGUCUACCUGGAAGCAAGGGAGAGAAGGGCGAACUUGGAAGCCCCGGAUUCGACGUCUUCUCUGCCGUGAAGGAAUUUCAGGAUCGAGGGUUUAAUAUCUCCACGGCUACCAUCGUGCAGCUCAAAGGAGAACCUGGCGAACCUGGACUACCCGGACCCGCGGGUCCCCCAGGACCCGAGGGAAUCCCUGGACAGGAUGGAAGACAAGGUAUCCCUGGCGACGUGGGACCUCCGGGUGAAAAAGGACCCGUCGGGCCCGUCGGUCCCCCGGGUCCUGCAGGACCUCCUGGACUUUCAGGCCUCAAGGGCGAGCACGGACCCUCAGGAUACCCCGGGCUGCCAGGACAUCCAGGAAUUCCAGGAGUCCCGGGCAGAAACGGGACCCGAGGCUUCCCAGGACGACGCGGCGACAAAGGAGACAAGGGCGAUCGAGGCUUGACGACGUCGAUCAAUGGAGAAGCUGGAGUGCUAGAGGGUCCUCCGGGUCCUCCAGGACCUCCUGGACUCCCUGGGGAGAAAGGAGAGCAAGGCCCACCAGGUCCCACGGGACCUAUCGGACCCAGGGGCAAUCGUGGGAAGCCAGGGAAGAGGGGUGUCAAGGGUCAAAGAGGUGUCACGAUGACAGGCGGUGCCCCCGGGCCCCCGGGUGCCAAGGGUGAGCCCGGUGAACGGGGUUACCAGGGCGAGAAGGGCGCCAAGGGCUUUGGUCCACCAGGUCCCAGGGGAGAUCUUGGACCGCAAGGACCGCCAGGAUUGGACGGCAUCAACGGGGAGGCCGGCAUCCAAGGACCUCCCGGUGUUCCCGGAGAGGCCGGUCCCAAAGGAGAGAAGGGAGAAUAUGGAGAUAUUGGACCACCGGGCCUCAUGGGUCCCCCUGGUCUUCCCGGGCCCCCUGGCUAUCCCGGAGUUAAAGGAGAGAAGGGUGAGAAGGGAGAAUCGAAGUACAAAAAGCUGAGACGAAGACAGGGUGACGGCACAUUCGAAGUUAAUGCAGGCGAAGUGAUAGUAGGUCCACCAGGACCUCCUGGACCAGCGGGAACCCCGGGUCUUCAGGGUCCACCAGGAAUCAAGGGAGACCGAGGACACGACGGCGCUAAGGGUGAUCCUGGGGAGAAAGGUGCCAAGGGUGAUCCUGGUCCAAUGGGGCUGCCCGGGCCCAUGGGACUGAGAGGAGAGUCCGGAAGGCCCGGGGAUGCUGGGAAACCUGGUACCAUGGGUCCGCCAGGAUUAGACGGCAUGAAGGGCGCCCAGGGAGAGCCCGGAAUAAAGGGGGAACGAGGAGACCCCGGCCUGCCCGGUACCGAUGGGAUUCCUGGUGCAGAGGGUCCGAAAGGCGAGAAAGGAGCCGUGGGCGAGGUUGGUGCCUCGGGGAAGCGUGGGAGAAAAGGUGACAAAGGGGAUAAAGGGGAUCAAGGAGUUCCAGGAUUAGAUGCACCCUGUCCCUUGGGUCCUGACGGUCUUCCGUUAGAUGGCUGUGGCUGGAGACCACCUCAGCAGGAUAUCGUGAGCACCGCUUCUCCCACCAUCGAGGUCGCCGAGCCCGCGGAGACGAACUACGACGAGCAAGUGGAAGAAUACGACGACGACUAUCCCGAUCAGAAUGGGAACCUGGCGGAGAAAUAAAACUCACCAUGCGCUCUGCCCUACUCACCAUCUAGCUCGCAUUAUCAGAAACUCGACUCACCUUCCUACCAAACUAACGCAUCCUGGUAAUGUCGUUCCCGUAGAACAAUUAACCUUGCAUGGGAGUUGAAGAAGAGAGGAACCGCCCGA